CCCGCCAUAUUUGUUUUGGAAAAGUCAGCGAAAUCUUCUGGGCCAAGAGUUUUACAGUUGAUUUAUACAACUGAGGUAAAACCUGGACCAAUCGGGAUAUUCCGCCAGGCUGCAAAUUUAGCUGUCCUAACAGGGGACAUACUAGGUAUUCACUAUGCCCAGAAUGGUGACACCAAGGUAGCAAUUAUUCCAAACUCAAGAGGCAAUGAUGGUGUGGUGCGAAAAACUGAGUUGUUCACAACAAUAAAUGCCCCAAUCUACCAUGAGAACCUAGUACUUGGAACCAAUCAUGACUUCUCCAAAUAUGGGACAACGAGGUCAACAUUUGCACUCAGGGCAUGGUCCACAGGGGUGCCUUCAACUGGACUGCCAGUGUCAACAACUCCUAUCCUCCCUGAUGUGACGAAAGAAUGUAAAGUGACAGUCAAUGGCAAGGACUACAAGGGGAAGGUAUCACAAACAGCCACUGGGAAACAAUGCCAGAGCUGGAUGUCUCAAACGCCACAUACCCAUUACCGCUACACGGGUGAUCAAUUCCCUGACCAAUCAGUAGAGGAUGCAAUGAAUUAUUGCCGCAACCCAGAAAAUAAACAAAGUGGUCCAUGGUGCUUUACUACCGAUACAAAGACCAAAUGGGAGUACUGUGCAAUACCAAUGUGUGAAUGUAAACUGACAAAUCUUGGCACUGAAUACAAGGGGUCUGUAGCAAGCACCAAACAAGGCUUCACCUGUCAACGAUGGGACACACAGACCCCCCAUACACAUCCAAACACUGAUGCAUCAAGAUUUCCUGACAACACUCUGAAUGAAGCAUCAAACUUCUGUAGGAACCCUGAGUUAAGAUCCGAGGGCCCCUUCUGUUAUACAACAGCUCCAGAGCCAGUUUGGGAUUACUGUGAAGUGCCUUUUUGUGAAUGUAAGAAGAGCCCACAGGGGGCAGAGUUCCAGGGCAGAACUAGUGAGACUGUAACUGGGAAGAAAUGCCAGAGGUGGGAUAGUCAGACUCCACAUAAACAUACCAGACGUAAUCCCGCAGACUUCCCUGAUAAUACCUUAGCAGAGGCUAGCAACUAUUGCCGCAACCCUGAUGGCGACAAAGCCCCUUGGUGUUACACCAUGGAUGAGCAACAAAGAUGGGAAUAUUGUGCUAUACCUUACUGUGAGAUGUAUAAUGUUACCACACCUGCUCCAACACGUCCGCCAACCACUCCCCUGCCAGACACCUGCCCUCAAUAUGUUGGCCGGCCCCCCACAGACCUACCUAGACGGGGAGGCAUAUGGGCACAUCUUAUGGUUGAGAACAGGUUCCCGUGCGGUGGGGUUGUAACUGGGUUUGAAUAUUUCCGCAUCAACACCGACUCUAUAGCAUUUAUAGGAAUAUGGAGGCCAACACCUGGAUCUGAGAAUCACACUCUAAUAGCCAAGACUGCAAUGCAACCUGGACCUCUUGGACCAAGUGUACAAACACUUACUACACCUGUAAGAGUAGAGAAAGGGGAUUAUAUAGGUGUGCAUUAUGAUGCUGCCACUAAGUCUGUGGCAAUUCCCAACUCUAGGGGUGGGGAUGAUGUAGUUGGUCCCACAGAGUUGUUCAGGACAAUCAAUGGAGCGCUAUAUGAUGCACAGGCCAAAGUAGGAACCACAUUUAACCUAGCACGAUUUCAAGUGAUAAAGAGUACAUAUGCAAUAAGAGCUAUGUUUCAAGGGGAGUCAUUCACUGAAACGGAGACCCCCAAUGAUAACAAAGUAUACUGGAUCACUGAUUGGCUGGACCUAAGAGAACGCAACUAUAUACUGUUUGAGCUGAAAACUUGCAAAGCUGGCUCCAUCUAUCUUGCGCCCAAGGAAACUACCAACUACACCCAGGUUUACCAAGUAGAAAUAGGUGGCGCUGGAAACACUCAGUCAUUCAUAGCCAAAGGACAGAACACAUAUCCCAGAAAGGUUGUAGUCAAGACACCUUACAUUGUGGAUUGUAACCAAUACAGACAGUUCUGGGUAUCAUGGGUACCUACCACACAGGGUCUAAUGAUCAGUGCAGGAGAGGGACUGUGUCAAGGAGUUAAUACAUUCAUGACAUGGACUGAUCCUGAUACAUUCCAAGAGGGAGUGUAUGUUAACUCAGUUGGAUUCGGAUCAUACCUGGGUGCUAGAGGCUAUUGGAAGUUUUACAGAAAUCUGGUCAACCCUGAUUGCCAUGUCAAAAGUGGUCCUUUCUACUUGCAAUCCCAGAACUUUCCAGAAUACUACUUUGGCUACAAUGAACGAAAAGAGGCAUAUCUUCUCAAAGGAGAACAGCACCCAUGGUUCACUCUUGAACCAGGCCUAAGUGCUGCUGGGAACAACACCGUCUCCUUUCAGUCAUCUGAAUUCCCAGGAUUCUAUCUUCGUCACUAUGGUUACCUGUUAUUCCUAGAGCACAACGAUGAUCCUAGAAAUGAAAAAAUAUUCUACGAGGAUGCCACAUUUAUAAUGAGAAAGGACAAUUGGUACCCAGGAUAUGUAGACUUUGAGUCUGUGAAUUAUCCAAAUCAUUUCAUUAGACAUCAAAAUUACCGCCUGAAGAUCAGUAAAUACCAAGACAGUGGAUUGUUUAGAAUGGAUGCAAGCUUUAGGAUUGUACAAGAAUGCAAAGACAGUAUGCAAGGCAGGGACUACACUGGGAAAGUUGCCCAGACCAAAUAUGGUCUCCUCUGUCAACGAUGGGACGCACAGACACCACAUUCCCAUGGCAAGACUGACCCCAAUAACUUCCCAGACCUCACUCUGUCCGAUGCCAACAACUAUUGCCGUAAUCCUGAUGGGGAACCAGGUGGACCAUGGUGCUAUACUACAGACCCUGAAGUACGCUGGCAGUACUGUGACAUCCCAUACUGUCCAAAUGUGACACCACCUCCUCCCUCCCCCACUACCCCUCUGUACCCUGGGGUGUGCCCCAGUAAGGUGGGGAGGCCUGCUACAGAGCUACCUAGGCGUGGAGGCAACUGGGCUCAUCUAAUGGUGGACAAUCAGUUCCCCUGUGAUGGUUAUGUAACAGCAUGGGAGUACCAGAGAUCUACACCUGACACCAAAGUA